AUGGGGAAUGGCCCAGUGAGGAUCAUCGGCCAGCUGAGAGAGAACCACAGUGAGGAGUGGUUGAAACGUGCGCUUCGGUACACAUCAGAGUGUGUGGCCUUUUUUGAUAAUUGUGGCCUGCGUCCGGUGCACUUCCAGGAGCCACCACCACUUGCUUCAGUACCCAGCUACAAAUGGCUCCUCACUGUAUACAGUCAGGACAUUCUCAACAGGCUCGAUCACAUAAAGGCCAGCAUAACAUCCACGUAUGGAUCAAUUUUAAAAAUGGAUUCAACUAAGAAGAUCACCAAGAAGUUGAGCGGGCCUGCGAAAGGCACAGCACAGUGGCUUACCUCAGUGGGCAAUGAGAUAGGUCAGGUGCUGAUGAGUGUCCUGACUGCGAAUGAAGGGGCUGGGUUAGACCUCAUGGCUGCAGGGCUCAUGGAGCGAUACCGGAGUGCUGGUGUUGAUCCUCCCACUGUCAUUUAUGUGGACUGUGAUUGUUGCAAGACAGUGGGAGAGACUAAAUUGAAGAGGCGGUUCAGCGGCUGGACCAAUGUCAUCGUCCGCCUAGACAUUUGGCAUUUUAUGCGACGUCUGGCAGUAGGGUGCACCACUGAUGCCCACCAGUUGUACCCUACUUUUAUGGCUAGGCUGUCAUCCUGUAUUUUUGAGUGGGAUGCAGGGGAUCUCACUCUGCUGAGACGGACCAAAAUGGAGCAACUCAUCCAACAGGGCUGGCCUACACUGAUGGAGGCAGAACUGGACCAUCAUUAA